AUGGCUCAGUAUCAAAUGGCUGCCCUCUAUCGGACAAUCGACUGGUCAGACGCCGAACCUAUCUACGCCUACUGGCGAGGGCUGGUCGCUGAGCUGGGUGACGAGGUGACCUGGACUGAGGACCGACGGAUGCUGGUCUACGGCUUCAAUGCGCAUGACCGUCAGAUGUUUCUAGACUCCGUGAUGAGGCAAGUAAUUGUGUCACGUCUUCUUACCGUGUGA